AGGUCAACUUGUACAAAGAUAUAUACUGUAUACACAUUUAUCCCGUCUAUAUCAUGGUGUUUGUUGUAGGUGACAAACCUGAGAAUGAACCGCAGGAACAGGAGCUGUGGACUAUCAGCAAGCAGCUGGUGGAAAAGGUCAUUCUCCAAGCUGUGCAACAGUAUUCCCAGGAGAGGAAACAUAGAGAGAAGAAAACAGAAGCAAAAAGAGAUUUGCGUCUGCAGGUAUCAAACUGUUCUGAGCAACAGGAAAGGAAGAAAUGAAAAGCAGAAAGCGCUCAAAUAUUCCCUGUGGCUAACAAUGUGUUUCUGUAUCAAGGUGUGAAUAAUAAACAUCAGGAUAACUACGCUCUUCAAGAUAACAGAUAUAUAGCUAUUUUCAAUAUUG